AUGCUGAGCCAGGCCGAGCAAGGUAUGAAGCUCUUCAAAGCAGCUGAGGCCACAGCAGCGGAGUAUGAUAGAGAAGCAGCUGAGCAAUAUAGAAAAGAGAUUGAGGCCCGCAUCACCUGCUUGGAGUUUGAGGCUGCAAGACUCACUGGCAAAGACAAUAAGAAGGAACGUUCUGCAAAAGGCAAAGAAGUGGCCGAAUUGAGAGCCGAGCAUCGAUAUGUAGAUGCCUGCAAGAUCUCCAAGGGCCUGGAGCCGAAAUUUGGCAACUUUGUCACAAAGGCAGCUGUCGUACCUGAGAUUGUUCCAGAGCCAAUCCAGCAAGUGAUAGAGACUAAGCCAUCAAAGAAGGAGAACAAGAAGGAGAAGAAGCAAGAAAACGCAGCAGGAUUGAGCCCAGCUGAAACCAAAGAACUCGAAGAUUUGAAACAGCGCAUUGUCGAGCGCAAGGCGAUCUUGAAGGAGGAGGGCCUGAGCGGUGGUCAGCAGAACAAGGAUGAAGAGAUCGUGAAGAUGGUCGCCCGCAUGAACGAACUCAAGGAGAAGCAGGAACCUGGCAGCUCAAAAAAGGACAAGGAUGCCAAGAAGGAUACAAAGAAGAAGACACCACUGAGCCCAGAAGAACAACGGGACUAUGUCAACCUGCAAGGUGAGGUAGAGGUCUACAAAGCAAAAUUGAGAAACGAAUUUGGAUACAGCAACAAGGAGAUGAAAGCAGACCCCGAUCUGCAAGACAUGGAAGCCCGACUUGCUGCUUUCCAAAGACGUGCCUGA